CACCUCUUUUGAUCAGCUGCUUUAGUGGUUGAAGUGUGUCUACAACAGAAACACUGCUUUCUCAGUGCCGUCAGCUGUCAGUGGUACCUGCUGUUAUAAAGGAGAACCUGCACACCAUCAUCAGUGAUGCCGUCCAAUGAUGGACUGAUGUGCUUCAAAAAAAUUGUUUCAGUUUUCCAUGAAGCUGUUAUCUGUGUUCUUCUGCUACAGUCAUUUGGAGUUUCCCAUGGAGAGCAGUCAGAGCUGAUUUGUUCACAUCAACCAAUCAUAGCGCUGGCUGGUAAUGAUGUAAUUCUGCCAUGUUACCUUGAACCUCCCAUCGAUUCCAGUUCUGAGACAGUGACGUGGACCAGACCUGGUUUAGACCCAAAGUACAUCCAUGUUUACCGAGAUGGACAGCCGGUGAAUCGAAGUCAAAAUCCAUCUUACACUAACCGAACAGCUCUGUUUGAGGAUGAACUGAUGAAUGGAAACAUCUCCCUGAAACUCUCCAGAGUGAAAAUCUCUGAUGGAGGAAAAUACUUCUGCAUCCUUGAACCAAUGAUGAAGGAAGCUUCCAUCAACCUCACUGUUGGUGCUGUCUCCACUCCCAUCAUAGAGGAUGUCUCCAAUAACAGUAGAAGAGUAGUUCUACAGUGUGAGUCUAAAGGCUGGUAUCCAGAGCCUGAGGUGGUCUGGCUGGACGGUGAGGGAAACCUCCUCUCUGCUGGACCUACAGAGACAGUCAGAGGUCCUGAUGACCUCUAUACUGUCAGCAGCAGAGUGACUGUGGAGAAGAGACACAGCAACAACUUCACCUGUAGAGUCCAACAGAAGGACAUCAACCAGACCAGAGAGACAUACAUCUAUGUUCCAGAGCAGUCAGAGUUGAUUUGUUCACAUCAACCAAUCGUUGCCCUGGCUGGUGAUGAUGUCAUUUUCCAAUGUCGCCUUGAACCUCCCAUCAGUGCCAGUUCUGAGACAGUGGUGUGGAUCAAACCUGGUUUAGACCCAAAGUAUAUCCAUGUUCACCAAGAUGAACAGCCAGUGAAUCAAAGUCAAAAUCCAUCUUACACUAACCGAACAGCUCUGUUUGAGGAUGAACUGAAGAAUGGAAACGUCUCCCUGAAACUCUCCAGAGUGAAAAUCUCUGAUGGAGGAAAAUACCUUUGCUUCAUUCGAUCAGUACUGAAGGAAGCUUCCAUCAACCUCACUGUUGGUUUUACUGCAGCACAGCCAGAGUUGAUUUGUUCACAUCAACCAAUCACAGCCAUGGCUGGUGAUGAUGUCAUUCUACCAUGUCACCUUGAACCUCCCAUAAGUGUUUCUGAUGAGACAGUGGAGUGGACCAGACCUGAUUUAGACCCAAAGUACAUCCACUUUCACCAGGAUGGACGACUGAUGUUUAAGUAUCAAAAUCCAUCUUAUUAUCGCCGCACGAGACUGUUUGUGGAUGAACUGAUGACAGGAAACGUCUCCAUGAAAAUCUUCAAAGUGAAAGUUUCUGAUACAGGAAGAUACCAAUGUGCCCUUCCCUCAUUACAGAAGGAAGCUUCCAUCCAGCUCUUUGUUGGUGUCGUCUCCACUCCCAUCAUAGAGGUUGUCUCCAAUAACAGUGGAAGUGUAGUUCUACAGUGUGAGUCUAAAGGCUGGUAUCCAGAGCCUGAGGUGGUCUGGCUGGACGGUGAGGGAAACCUCCUCUCUGCUGGACCUACAGAGACAGUCAGAGGUCCUGAUGACCUCUAUAAUGUCAGCAGCAGAGUGACUGUGGAGAAGAGACACAGCAACAACUUCACCUGUAGAGUCCAACAGAAGGACAUCAACCAGACCAGAGAGACACACAUCCAUGUUACAGUUUCCCAUGGAGAGCAGUCAGAGUUGAUUUGUUCACAUCAACCAAUCGUAGCCCUGGCUGGUGAUGAUGUCAUUUUCCCAUGUCACCUCGAACCUCCCAUCAGUGCCAGUUCUGAGACAGUGGUGUGGAUCAAACCUGGUUUAGACCCAAAGUACAUCCAUGUUCACCAAGAUGGACAGCCAGUGAAUCAAAGUCAAAAUCCAUCUUACACUAACCGAACAGCUCUGUUUGAGGAUGAACUGAAGAAUGGAAACGUCUCCCUGAAACUCUCCAGAGUGAAAAUCUCUGAUGGAGGAAAAUACCGUUGCUUCCUUCAACCAAUGAGGAAGAAAGCUUCCCUCCAUCUCACUGUUGGUGUCGUCUCCACUCCCAUCAUAGAGGUUGUCUCCAAUAAAAGUAGAAAAGUAGUUUUACAGUGUGAGUCUAACAGCUGGUAUCCAGAGCCUGAGGUGGUCUGGCUGGACGGUGAGGGAAACCUCCUCUCUGCUGGACCUACAGAGACAGUCAGAGGUCCUGAUGACCUCUAUACUGUCAGCAGCAGAAUGGAUGUGGAGAAGAGACACAGCAAACACCUCACCUGUAGAGUCCAUCAUAAGGACAUCAACAAGACCAUAGAGACAAACAUCCAUGUUCCAGGUUUCGUUGAUAAGCAGUCAGAGUUGAUUUCUUCACAUCAACCAAUCGUAGCCCUGGCUGGUGAUGAUGUCAUUCUGCCAUGUUACCUUAAACCUCCCAUCGAUGCCAGUUCUCAGAGAGUGACGUGGACCAGACCUGGUUUAGACCCAAAGUACAUCAAUGUUUACCGAGAUCGACGGCCAGUGUGUGGAAGACAAAAAGCAUCUUGUACUAACCGAACAGCUCUGUUCGUGGAUGAAUUAAAGAAUGGAAACAUCUCCCUGAAACUCUUCAGAGUGAAAAUCUCUGAUGGAGGAAAAUACUUCUGCAUCCUUGAACCAUUGGUGAAGAAAGCUUCCAUCAACCUCACUGUUGGUGCUGUCUCCACUCCCAUCAUAGAGAAUGUCUCCAAUAACAGUAGAAGAGUAGUUUUACAGUGUGAGUCUAAAGGCUGGUAUCCAGAGCCUGAGGUGGUCUGGCUGGACGGUGAGGGAAACCUCCUCUCUGCUGGACCUACAGAGACAGUCAGAGGUCCUGAUGACCUCUAUACUGUCAGCAGCAGAGUGACUGUGGAGAAGAGACACAGCAACAACUUCACCUGUAGAGUCCAACAGAAGGGCAUCAACCAGACCAGAGAGACACACAUCUAUGUUCCAGAUGAAUUCUUUGAAGGCCCGUCUGGUUCCAGUUCAUCUGUUCCUAUCAUCAUUGGUUCGGUUGUUGUCAUCCUGUUAGUUCUUGCAGUUGUCUUUGUUGUGUGGAAAUGGAGACAGAACAAAAUCAGGAAGAAGAAGCAACAGGAGGAUGAAGACACACUGAGAGUAAGAAGUAACAAUUUAGAACAGGAGUCGCUGAUGGGAAGAGAAACAGACAGAGGACAACUAACAGCAGAGAGAGAGACAACUGACAAUGUGGAUGAAGAAGAAACAGAACUUCAAAGUCAAACAGUCGAGGAGACACACCAAAAAGAAUCAGACAGAGCUCAGUGUGCUGUCAGUGAAGGGACAGAGCUUCAGUUUUCAGUGGAGGAAGAAAGACAGACCGACCAACCCCUGGCAGAAGGAGACGAGGGUCAAGAAGAGACAGAGACGAAACCAAUCAAUGAAAGAAGAGAUCCUCCAAAUCCAACUGAGAGACAGACAGAAAAUAAUCUGCAGACGGAAGAAGAAGAGGAGAAAAUAAAGGUAGAUGAAGUUCAGUGUUUGAUGGAGGAAGAAAAACAUGAAGGACAGCUGACGGAAGAAAGAGAGACAACUAACAAUGUGGACGAAGAACAAACAGGUCUUCAAAGUCAAACAGUCGAGGAGACACACCAAAGAGAAUCAGACAGAGCUCAGUGUGCUGUCAGUGAAGGGACAGAGCUUCAGUCUUCAGUGGAGGGAGAAAGACAGACUGACCAACCCCUGGCAGAAGGAGACAAGGGUCAAGAAGAGACAGAGACAAAACCAAUCAAUGAAAGAAGAGAUCCUCUGAAUCCAAGAGAGAGACAGACAGAAAAUAAUCUGCAGACAGAAGAAGAAGAGAAAAUAAAGUCUACAGAUGAAGUUCAGUGUUUGAUGGAGGAAGAAAAACAUGAAGAACGGCUGACGGCAGAAAGAGAGACAACUAACAAUGUGGACGAAGAACAAACAGUCGAGGAGACACACCAAAGAGAAUCAGACAGAGCUCAGUGUGCUGUCAGUGAAGGGACAGAGACAGCAGUCGAUGAAGAAAGAGACGCUCCAAAUCCAGCUGAAAGUGAUCAGAGGAACAAAGAAGAUGAGACUAAACCUGUAAGGGACAACUCAGAGCACCUGAUGGAAGGAGGACAGACAGAAAAUAAUCUGCAGACAGAAGGAGAAGAAGAAGAAGAAGAAGAAGAGAAAAUACAGUCUGCAGACAAUGAAACAGAAGAAAGAGAGACACUGAAUGACAAAGAGAAGGAAAACCUUCUGAAAAAGCUAAAGGCAAAAGAAAGAGAAGUGGAGAAAUUUGAAGAAAGACUUUCUAGACUUAAGACACAGAUAAAGGAUAAGGAGGAGCAGAUAAAUGAAGUGAAAGAGCAGCUGGAAGAGGUAGAGAGACAGAGAGAGCAGACUGAGAGGAAGCUACAGUCAGUGAACAGAGAGGAAGACCAGAUGGACCCUGAAACACAGAAAGAAGCAGCAGAGGAAGAUGAAGCAGUCCUGAAAGAUCUGGAGAGGAAGAAGGCAGAACUCCAGAAACAGCUGGAGAAGAACCAGAGACUACUGGAGGGAAUAAAGAGUAGUGAAAGUGUGAUGGCACAGAGGAAAAUGAAAGCAACAAAAGAAAAGGAGGAAAUUAUUAAAACAUUGAGUCCAGAAAAAGCAGAGAGUCAGAGUGAUUCAGAUGAAGACCUUGUUCAGAGCUCCAGGAUGCUUCCUGUGAGGCAGAGAGGGAGACAACUAACAAUGUGGACGAAGAACAAACAGGUCUUCAAAGUCAAACAGUCGAGGAGACACACCAAAGAGAAUCAGACAGAGCUCAGUGUGCUGUCAGUGAAGGGACAGAGCUUCAGUUUUCAGUGGAGGGAGAAAGACAGACUGACCAACCCCUGGCAGAAGGAGACGAGGGUCAAGAAGAGACAGAGACAAAACCAAUCAAUGAAAGAAGAGAUCCUCCGAAUCCAACUGAGAGACAGACAGAAAAUAAUCUGCAGACAGAAGAAGAAGAAGAAGAAGAAGAAGAAGAAGAAGAAGAAGAAGAAGAAGAAAAUAAAGUCUACAGAUGAAGUUCAGUGUUUGAUGAAGGAAGAAAAACACGAAGAACAGCUGAAGGCAGAAAGAGAGACAACUAACAAUGUGGACGAAGAACAAACAGGUCUUCAAAGUCAAACAGUCGAGGAGACACACCAAAGAGAAUCAGACAGAGCUCAGUGUGCUGUCAGUGAAGGGACAGAGACAGCAGUCGAUGAAGAAAGAGACGCUCCAAAUCCAGCUGAAAGUGAUCAGAGGAACAAAGAAGAUGAGACCAAACCUGUAAGGGACAACUCAGAGCACCUGAUGGAAGGAGGACAGACAGAAAAUAAUCUGCAGACAGAGGAAAAAGAAGAAGAAGAAAAAGAAGAAGAAGAAGAAGAAGAAGAAGAAGAAGAAGGAAAAGAGGAGAAAAUACAGUCUGCAGACAAUGAAACAGAAGAAAGAGAGACACUGAAUGACAAAGAGAAGGAAAACCUUCUGAAAAAGCUAAAGGCAAAAGAAAGAGAAGUGGAGAAAUUUGAAAAAAACCCUACACUUACAAAUUGGAUGAAGGAUAAGGGGGAGCAGAUAAAUCAAGUUAAAAAGCAGCUGGAACUUUUUGAAAAACAAAUGUCUAGACUUAAGACACAGAUGAAGGAUAAGGAGGAGCAGAUAAAUGAAGUCAAAGAGCAGCUGGAAGAGGUAGAGAGACAGAGAGAGCAGACUGAGAGGAAGCUACAGUCAGUGAACAGAGAGGAAGACCAGAUGGACCCUGAAACACAGAAAGAAGCAGCAGAGGAAGAUGAAGCAGAACUGAAAGAUUUGGAGAGGAAGAAGGCAGAACUCCAGAAACAGCUGGAGAAGUUCCAGAAACAACUGGAGGGAAUAAAGAGUAGUGAAAGUGUGGUGGCACAGAGGAAAAUGAAAGCAACAAAAGAAAUGGAGGAAAUUAUUAAAACAUUGAGACCAGAAGAAUCAGAGAGUCAGAGUGAUUCAGAGAAGGAGCUUUGAUGAAAGAUGAUAGGUAAAGAAUAUUUUCUUUUUUAGUUUGAACAUUCUUCAGGACUUUUAUUUUUAUGACUUAUUAAUAAACUUUACUGUAUAUAUUUUUUGUUUAUGAGUUAUUAAUGAACUACAACCUGCAUUUGAUUGUGAAACCCUGUGUUGUAAAAUCACAAAUAAAAGACCUUGUAUAUGACAAACACAUACGUAUGUACACACAUUGAAUCAAAUAUGUAUAAAAUAAACAAUAAUAAUAAUAAAAACAGAAACAGAAUAAAACUGGUACGAUCAAUAUAACAGCUGAGUUCACUGAGGCAGACUUCAAGUUCAUGUCACCAGAACAGAAAAGUUGAAUUAAUGACAUCAAACUUUGUUCUUAUCAUAUUUGACUCUACUGGACUGAAUGUGAUUGUCUUUGAAUUGUUAAUAAAUCAUCCUGUCUCUAUAA